UUACAGUGCCAAGUGAUCCUUAUGUGAGAGAGAUGGCAACCCUUAAAAAAAUAGGAUGCCACGCAAUUAAUCCUCUGUAUUAAAAAGGAGACCUCUUUAUGCUCACCCUCAAUUUGGAGAAUUAACCUGCCUGCCUGUCCGUUAAGCCCGCCGAAUUUGUCCAAGCCUUCAUUAUUGUGGAGUCGCAUGUAUAAUGUAGCAGAGAGAAGAUAAAGCAAAGCAUCUUAUAAGUUGAAAAUCCACAUGCCAAGUUAAUAUUAUGGAUCCGCUGGGAUGCCCCCGAGUAGCCUCUCUAAAACUGUUUGCAUCAGGCUCGCUCCCGAGCGGCAGAGCGGUAAGCCAGUCGACUCAGUAAUAGCCUACGUUUUGUUAAUUCGCACGUUUUCUUGGCAGUCAUAGGCUAACGCUCAAUCCGCGCACAUAUCCCCUAUCUGGCAGGAGGCUCAGCGCUGUUAGAGAUGAAAUUCUUGACUGUUAACUAGGUGUGAAACGCUACUGCACAGGAUUACUAUACGUCUCCAGCAGAACCUUAAGAAAGCAGGGAAUUAAGACAGGAAGCUGCUCUGAAAACAUCACAGCCUGUGGAGCUUUCUCCUCAUCGCAGUCACAGAUAGAAAUGUAGUCUUUAGCAACUUUGUUUUGCAGUUGCUGGGCGUCAACAGCCAUCCAUGUUGUAUCUGCAGAGAGAAGCUGAAUUUCUCUGAUUGCGCCUCCUGGAAUAAACAGGAUUUGACAAAGAUUGUGGUUUGUUUUUUGGGAGAUACUCAAGCGUUAGUCACAAGUAAACACCGUUUAUUUGAUGUUGAGAAAAAGCAGAUAAACAGCUCAACUGGAAAGAAAGUUUCUCUCAAGCUUCAUUUGAUUUAACAAAUGAGCUCCUCUUAGUUUCCUUACUUAGCCGUCAAGCCCUCACUGAUUUCAUCUUAUAUGAGUCCAGGGUGCCAUCAUCAUCAUCUUCUGUCUGCCGGGCAAUAACAACUAAAUAUAUGUGUCUACUGAGGACAAUGAUAAGCAACACAAAACCUCCCAAGCGUCCCUUUCAUUCUGAUUAAUGAAAGCAACAUUAGCGAAUGAUAAAUGAAAGACUAAUAACACCUCUACAACGUUACAAAUUCAUCUCACAGCCAUUGUAUUAACUUCAACUACUACGUUAGAAGUGACACGUACUUCGGGAAUUUCAUAUAAUCACAACUCCGACUGCUAACAAGCUGUAAACUGUUUGGUAAUUAGGCUUAAGUGUGAUAGAUUUAAAACAAUUAACUUUUGAUUUAAAUUGAAUAUCCCAAGCCGGAGCCCCUGAAUAAUAAGUCACCAUUGGGAAUAAUGUCAGCACUGACAGGUAAAAACCUCCCAUCUCCUCUACUGAUGACUUUCAGUUCGACAUUUGAUGGAUUACGUCUUCCUCUUUGUGUUGAAAAACCUUCAGAAAACCAAUCAGAAGAACUCAAAACUGCAACUAAGUUUUCAUGUAGUUUUUUCUUACUGCAGAAAACCCAUAGACUGCAUAUAAGAAGUGUAUGUAGACACCUUGACGUCACCAUUGGUUUGUGGACUGCCGUUUUUAAGCUUCGAGUUCGGCUUUUUGGCCGUCGCCAUCUUGGUUUUUGGCUAUCGCCAUCUUGGUUUUUUGGAUGUCACUUUGGGACAACUUUGGGACAACUUCCAGACCGGACAACGCCGUGGUAGCAACCUGUCCAAUCACAAGGCAGGCGUCAGAGGAUGAGGUGGGCUGGUCUCCACUAACCCAUCAUGGAUAUCAACUGUCAGCCAUUCCCCCGUCCCAAAACCUCCUGUCCUGUUGGCUCCCGCUCCAUAACGCCGUCCUGUGUCUGAGCUGUGACACCUGGGACACCAUGACGCAGAUGGACUACAAAUACAGCCUGCUGGGCUCCGCGGCGGACGACUACCGCAAGAGGCCGUUGCUCCUGCAGGUGGACGACACGCCCAUGAACCUGUUCGCGGUCCUGGAGGUGAAGCGGGAGCUGCCGAGGCGCUGGAGCACCCUGGGCUGCUUCCGCAAGAUCCGGCUCUACAGCUUCCUGUUCGGCCUCGCCGUCAUGUUCCUCAUCAUGGCUUCGUACAUCCUGACGGGAGACAAGAAGGGUCUCCUCCUCACGCCGUCCCCCUACCACUUCAGCAGCCUUGUCAGCCCGGGACCUUUUGCCUUUAACCUCUCCUCAGUCAAGGACUACGCACAUAUCAAACUGGUGGUGAAGUCCAUCGCGUCCAAGGUGGAGUUUCGAAGCAGCCGACAGCUCCCGGAGUUCAAGGCGCUGGUUAACAGUGAGCCACAUAUGUUUUCUGCUAUCCCCCGCAAAUUCCUGCCUGGUGUGAAGAACCCUUGCUGGUAUGAGGAAUAUACUGGGAAUAUCACCUCGGACCCAUACAGGACAAACUUGUACGCACGCUAUUCGAGGCGCUUCCGGACGGUUUUUCAGCACUUGAGGAACACUUUCCGAGAACACUUGUUUCACCGCGAUGGGAAACUCUACCGCAUGCGGUGCCUUCCUUAUUUCUAUAUCAUCGGCCAACCAAAGUGUGGCACGACGGACCUGUAUGACAGACUGAGGCUGCACCCGGACGUCAAGUUCACCACUUUCAAAGAGCCACACUGGUGGACCCGCAAGAGGUUUGGCAUCAUCCGUCUGAGCGAGGGCUUUCAUGAUCGAUACCCAGUGGAGGACUACCUGGACUUGUUCGAUCAGGCUGCUUACCAAAUCCAGGGCAACCUCACAGCAAAUGCCAGCGGAAGCCCCAGCCAACCUAACAUCAUCAUAGGAGAAGCCAGCGCGUCCACCAUGUGGGAUAACAACGCCUGGGUGUAUUUCUACGACAACACCACAGAGGGGGAGCCUCCCUUCCUCAUCCAGGAUUUCGUCCACGCCCUGCAGCCUGAUGCCCGCUUCAUCAUCAUGCUCAGGGACCCAGUGGAGAGGCUCUACUCUGACUACCUUUACUUUGGUAUUGCCAACAAGUCUGCAGAGGAUUUCCACGAGAAGGUGUCUGAGUCGCUGCAGCUAUUCGAGGGGUGCCUUACGGAGUACACAAUGCGCUCCUGUGUGUACAACACUACUGUCAACAACGCCAUGCCAGUCAGGUUGCAAGUGGGCCUGUACAUUGUGUACUUAAUGGACUGGCUGACCGUCUUCAGCAGGGAACAGAUUCUGGUCCUGAGGCUGGAAGACCACGCCUCUAACAGGAAAUACACCAUGCACAAAGUCUUUGACUUCCUUAGCCUGGGGCCGCUGACAAAAGAAAUAGAGUCAGAGAUCACGAGAAGUCCGGCGUCGAACACCAGGAGGCCGGCCGACAAGAACCUGGGACCCAUGCUGCCCAUCACUAAAGAGAUCCUGCGGGAUUUCUACACGCCGUUCAACGAGAAGUUGGCCAAAGUGCUGCGGAAUGACUCCUUCCUUUGGGAGAACAACUCGAAACUCUGAACAACUCUGAACAACCUACCCACCUCCCCUUUACUUCAGUAAAAAUAAACCACUGACGUGUCAGCCAGCCCCUUCGUUUGAGCUCCAUCUCUCUCAAGUGCCCAUAAAAAUCAAUGUUCUUUUUCUAUUUAAAUUAUUUUCUAAGUUAUAAAAGCAGACAUGAAUCAAAGAUAGAAAAUAGCACAAGAGAGUGUGGUGAUUUUGUGAAAGUGUGUGUGAAUGAGAGCAAGCGAGUGAAUACAUGGGAGAGAAAGAGAUGUUGGCAGGUCUUGAUUGUUUGUUUUUUUUGUGACCAGAUGUACAAAAUUAAAUAGUGAAUUCAAAGAUAUUAAAGCAGA